AUGGUUAGACUAUCAGACUUACCAGAUCAUUGUUUGCAAGAAAUCUUUAUUGAUCAUUUGGAUUAUGGAUUUGAAAAUUUGAAAGCGCUUUAUCGCAUAGACAAGCAGUUUGGUGGGUUAUUAAAGAAUUCCAUCGCCAUUGUGACAAAUGACAUCAAUUUACCAAACCAUGAAAUGACACUUGUUGAUGGCCUUGAUGAUUUGGACCUUAGGAUAGUGGAGAAGGCUGAUAGUCGAUUUAAAUACUAUUUUGUGAAUUAUAACCUUGAAAUGGGGUAUGAUUUGAAAAUUUUUGAACAAUUCAACGAGGUGCUAAAAAGAAAAUUUAAGGUCAACUUCUUCACACCAAAUUGUCAUAUAAAAAACUCAUUUCUUUCAGGUGUCUCAUUAAUGCAUCAUGAAAUAGAGAAAUACGAUAAAGCUACUGGGUUAUAUGCCAUAAAUGAGAACAAAGUAAAUCGUGGUAUUUUUAGCUCUGCAGAUGAUGUGUAUCUAUUGGGGAUGAAUGAAUAUUUUAUUGGAUCACCAGUGUCUAAUAACUUAGAAGAAGAGUUGAAAUUAAGGAAUAUGGAACCAAAAGCCAAUAGCAGAGGAAAUUACUUAUCAAAAAGUGAGAUUGUUAAGAAAUCAUUCAAGAAAUAUAUAAAAAGAUUACGCAUUACAAAUUAUGAUGCUCAUUUAACCAGUGCUACAUUCCAAGUUAAUAAUCUACAUUUACUAAACUUGGAAGAGCUUUAUCUGAACUCAGCUCCAGUAGUUGAAGAUGAAUUGUGCGUUAUCCGUGAAGAUAGCUUUAGUAUAUAUGAAGAUAAUUCGAAGCAAGAGGCUUUCAAGCAAUAUGGUUUGUAUUCCAUCUCUUAUUGUGAUUUUCCAAGUUUACAAAAGUUAAGAACAACAAAUUACACCAAAAUUGAAUCAUUCAAAAAUGUCAAGUGUAACUCAUUGAAAGAAUUGGAAAUAAGAAAUAACAUCUUACUUAAUAUUGAAAAUUGUGAGUUUUCAUCGUUAACUAUGUUGAAAAUCAGCUUAGUUUUUCAGUCCUACAAAAAAUUGUUUGAAAAUAAAAAGGUCCAGUUCGAUGAAGAGAUCAACGGAUUUUGUAAUAGAUAUUCUGUUCCAUCCCAUAAUAUUAAGUAUUUGAACUUUCUGAGAAUCAUCAACACAGAUUUCAAAAAAUUAGAAUGUUUAGUGGUGCCAAAUCUUAGAACCUUAAGUUAUUUUAACAGGAAAAGAUUACCACGAUUAUUAUCAGUUGAAGUUCAGGAUGAACCAAAUAUCAAUUAUAAAGUUGCUGUAUUUACAACGUUCCCUGGUGGUAUAUUCCACAAGAAUAAUUUACCAUAUACAGCAUUUCGCAAAACUAAUGUUGUUGGUUCAGAACAUUGGGCACAAGAUUUUUUCUAUGAUUUUAACAGUAUAUUUCUUGUUGAAAACAAGAAUAAAGUAAUGAAUUUAUUCAUACCAGUGACCAAAGAUGAAAUAUUUCAAGGAAGAAGCUUGCCUCAAAAUGAAAACUUUGUUGGAAUUACAACUUCUACUUCAGCAGCGUUUGUCCCUCAACAGCCAAUAGUAAGAUGUCAAACUUCAUACGGUGAUAUGAAUGAAACAAAUGUUUAUUAUUAUUGCUUGCUAGACAGAUAG